ACUCACAAAUAUUCUUUCCGCAACACUAACUACACACAUUCACUUUAACCAAGUUAUCCAACAAAGGAAAUAUGAACAACAGCUCUUGCAAGAAGUCUGCAAAGGAAGCUAAUGGCGACAAUGGUUGGGUUGAGGAACCUGAGCUUGUUAAGGUGGCGGCAGUGAAGUACUUCACUAAGGUAUUUCAGAAUGAACAGUGGUGUCGACCGACGAUGGAUGGGAUUCCAUUCUGCAGAAUUUUAGAUGCACAACGAGAAUGGCUAGAACGACCUUUCACCAUAGAGGAAAUUGAAGAGGGGCUAAAUGAUUGUGAUGGCUCCAAGGUUCCAGGACCAGAUGGUUUUAAUUUUAACUUCAUAAAGUUUGCUUGGAGUACAGUGAAGGAAGACUUUGUGAAUUUUUUGACGAAAUUUAACCGCAAUGGGAGGUUAGUUAAUGGUUUAAAUUCUUCAUUUCUGGCAUUAAUACCUAAAAAAUUGAAUCCUGAGCAAUUUAAGGAGUAUAGGCCUAUUAGCCUGAUAGGUUGUCUCUAUAAAUUAUUGGCCAAGGUAUUGGCCAAUCGGUUGAAAAUGGUUAUGGAGGGUAUUAUCAGUGAGUCACAGGCAGCUUUUAUUGGAGGUUGGCAACUGGUUGACAGUGUGUUAGUUCUGAAUGAGGUUGUGCAUGAGGUGAAAUGGAGGAAGCAAGGGAGUUUCAUUUUAAAAGCGGACUUUGAGAAAGCCUACGACUGUGUGGACUGGGAAUUUCUAGAUUGGAUGAUGAAUAGAAUGGGGUUUGGGGUGAAGUGGAGGAAGUGGAUGUGGGAGUGUCUUUCAACUGCUAGAAUUUCCAUUUUAAUAAAUGGAAGUCCGACGACUGAGUUUCCAGUUAGCAAUGGUCUAUGCCAAGGUGAUCCUUUGUCACCUUUUUUGUUUUUGUUAGUUGUGGAAGGUUUGAGUGGGCUUGUCAAAAAAGCGGAGGGUGAAGGACUCCUGAAGUGUGUCAAGAUUGGAAGGGGAGGUAUGGUGCUAUCAUUGUUACAGUUCGCGGAUGACAUGGUGUUUAUGGGGAAGGCUGAUGUUGAUAAUUUACGAGUUGUGAAGGCCAUUCUGAAUUGGUUUCAAUUAAUCUCAGGGUUGAAGAUUAACUUUGGGAAGAGCUAUUUGUAUGGCUUCAAUGUGUCAGAAGGGUGGGUUAAAGGCGUAGCUGAUAUUAUGCAGUGUGGGGUGGGCAAAGUGCCUUUUACUUAUCUUGGCUUGCCAAUAGGAAGGAAUUCAGGGAGAAGACAGCUAGGUGAUGAUUUUGAGAGGAGGAAUUGUAGUUUGUUGGGAAAAUGGUGGUAUAGGCUAGGUGAUGGUGUUGAUGGUUUAUGGAAGCGGGUUCUUUGGGAGAAAUAUUAUGGGGGUAGAAAGGAGGCUGAUGUUACAUCAGUUGUGACUUGGAAUAUGUCAAGUGUGUGGAAGGACAUUAUGGGUCUCGGAAGAGGGUCGGAAAGGUUAGAUGCAAUGUUAGGAAAAGGCUUUAAGUGGAAAGUUGGGAAUGGGAGUUGUGUAGAUUUUUGGCACGAUAAAUGGGUGGGGGAUAACCCUUUAAGGAAUCUAUUCCCUCGGUUGUAUGCACUAGCUAAUAGUAGGGAAGGACAGUUAAAGGAUAUGGGGUAUUGGAGUGCUGAAAAUUGGAUAUGGGAUUGUAGGUGGAGGCGAGGUUGUGUAGGGAGGGGAGUGGGGGAGGAAGAACAGUUUAGGGAGUUAAUUAAUAGGGUCAAGUUGCAUAGGGGAGAGGUUUUAGGUUGGUGGGGGGUACAGAGUGCUUUGCCAAAAGAUGUCUUCGGAUUGGCGGAUGUUGUGGUGCUUGGAAUCAACGGGGGAUGUUGGACGGAGUUAGGGACUCUUAUUUUUUUGGUUACUACUUGGGGGGAUUAUGAGGAUAGAGCUCAAUUUCAGUGUGCUGUGUUUGUGCUAUUGCAAGAUUCGUUGGGGAUGGGUAAUGUGAUUCCUUACAGGCAUUGCAGCAAGGGGUUUCUAAUGGCCUAAUUUGUUAUCUUCUUAUUGGGUGUUCUUUAGAUCUUAUACUAUAUGGUGUGUUAGCUAGGGAGUUUGUUGGUUUAAUUUCUCUUUUAAUUUUGUAAGUGGGCAGGAGUACCCCUUGUAGUCCAUUUAAUAAAUUUCUUUUUGCUGA